CUCUCCAACUCCUCGGAAACAACUCUCUCCACAACCUCUCCAGGAUUCUCCUCCAUCGUUUCCCCUCUUCUCUUCCUUUUUUUUCAGUUGUGCACCUCUUUCUUUUUUUUAUUAGAUUUUAUUACUUUGUCUAUAAUAACCCCCUCCGCUCUGCUCGACACCCCCCCCAGAGAUGUGAGCAGAUAAUGAGGACCCCCUGCAGGCGGUGACUUCAGUCUCCUCCAGAGCUCCACAUCAUCAUCACCACCACCACCACCGAGCAUCUUCUUCUUCUUCCUCCAGCUCCCUAAUUUUUUUGUGGACGUUUAUCCGCCUUUCAACAAUGUAGGAGAAGAUGCGCUGUCAUUCCACAGCGACGAGGAACUACAAGCCUUGUGUGUUUUUUUUUCCUGCACCUUUUCCAUCUGUCUCCAGGGUGGGAGGAUAUGAAAGAUUUCCGUGAAGGCAAAGUUUGAGGCUACCUCUAGUCGGUUUCCCGCUCCUCACCUGUCCGCCUGCACGCGCAGAACACCUCUCACCGUUAUAGAACAAUAGACAACUUAAAAGACACCUGACUGUUGUUGUUGUUGUGGUGGGAUUUUGGAGGAAUUUUGAUGUGCGCAACGUUGAAUAUGUUGGAUAUGGCUUAAAUAAUGGUUGCGUUCAUGACAGCCGGAGUAAGGUCCGUCACUUGAGUGUUUUUUUUAAACCAGCUAUUGUCGACUUUGGUGGAGGAAAACCCAUCUAAAUGGGAGGAUACCUGGAGGACUGAGUCGGAUUCAGGCAGUCGAGACAAAAUGUGGAUAAAACGGAGUGUUGCGCGCAGUCCGUCUGCUUUAAGGCCAGGCAGCUGUGUGGGGCACCGGGUGUGGAUCCUGCUGGCCAUGACCCACCUCACCCUGGACUUCUCUGUGUGCAGCCCCCUCAGUCAGGGUCUGGGGGUCAAACUCACGCCUAAGUCGGUGCCUCGCUCUCGACCUCGCUGGCAGCCGCUCUGGGACACGCCCAACAAGCUUCACUGGAGAACAGUGAGCCCGUUGGUCCGCCGGCUCCUAAACCCUAUCCCUCCACCCCAAGACAACAGGGCAGGGAUAGGGCUAAAGGUCAAGGGUCAGAAGCAUCGAAAGCCAGCACAUAAAGGACAAGCAGUGUGUAAGGAGUGCCGGUUGAGAUACUCUCAAAUGGAGACAGGUGAUCCUUUGGCUGUAAUAGCGGGAGCUCCGGCAGCUUUAUCCAGCGGGAGCAGAGGAGACACAGUGAGGUUGUUACUCAGAGCCAGGAGGGAGCUCAAAUAUGAGGCCACUGACUAUGAGUCUCAGGAGGGCCAGACUACCACAGUGGCUGGAUUUAUCGACUGGGCAACAGAUGGCACAGAUACAGAUAGCAUAGAUGACGACGGCAAAUCGGAGCUCAAUAUAACGCUGUCCACCAAGGUCUCAGCUCCCACAGUGGCCACAACCACUAGCACUACAACCUCCCAAAGGACGUUCACUGUGCUGACCACACCAGAGCCCAAUAGGCUAAGCACCACCAAGGCCACUGUCGGCUUAGGGGAGACUGUCAAACCACCAAAGCCAUAUGGGGACACACCAGGUUUGGCAGUUCACCAGAUAAUCACAAUCACUGUGUCUCUCAUCAUGGUUAUCGCAGCCUUGAUCACAACACUCGUCCUUAAAAACUGCUGUGCGCAGUCUGGAAAUGGCCGCCACAAUAGCCAUCAGCGCAAGAUCCACCAGCAGGAAGAAAGCUGCCAAAACCUGACAGACUUCACCCCGGCCCGGGUGCCCAGCAAGGUGGACAUAUUCACUGCCUACAAUGACAGCCUGCAGUGCUCACAUGAGUGCGUUCGGACUGCCGUUCCCAUCUACACUGAUGAGAUGAUCCAGCAGACGCCUGUCUACAAGACUGCUUACAACGGAAACAGGCCCUCCCCCACUGAAAGACAACUGAUUCCUGUGGCCUUUGUGUCAGAGAAAUGGUUCGAGAUCUCCUGUUGACGAGCUGAAGGCCUUGUUCACAACCUGUGGGUGGAAGAAGACUUCCUCAAUUCACGCUCUGGCUCCAGUUGGAAACACACAAAACAGCUUCUUUUGUAAAAUAGUGUGAUCACUCUUUGGACACUGGUGAAGAUAUUUAUUUUUCUAGAGAUGACAAGCAGAGCAGCCACAACGCUGCCACUCCAUAUUUCCAGGAACGUACAGUCAUUUAGAUAUAGAUUAUAUAUAGGUAUAUUUACAGGAAGCGUGGGACGAGACUGUGGACGUCACAGAUGUCUCAAGGAAAAACAUUUGACAUUUGAAAUAAAAAGGAGCUGCUGUGGGUGGAAGAUGAACUGUAUUUCUGAACAAUGUGCCAAUAAUGCCACUAUGUGCCACAACCUGGAUAGAAGGAAGUUUCAACAACAACUGAUGGACUAAACAAAGAGCGCUAUAUUAACCCUGUAUCGACUCCAACUAGAUUGUUUUUUUGUUUUGUUUUUUGUUUUUUAAAGAAAUGUGAAAGAUAAAAAAUGCUACAAAUGUAUUUGUUUUGAAAAUAGUUUUAAGAAAUGUGUUACAAAAGAGUCUAAAAGAUAUUUAUAUGAAGCACUAUUCUAUUAGUUUGGGGAAGAGAGAAGAUGGAGAAAAAAAAACUAAGGAAACGGUAUAUGCUUUAGUUAAAACAUGGUUUCUAUAGGUCCCAUUUUAAAAACAGAAUAGUUAUGUCUAUUUUUUUACACAGUAGAGUCUGCCACAGCCCUGACGGUGGAGGUCCCAAGCACUUGGGAUUCAGCGCUGUUAAUUAAAUCCUCCCACCCGAGCUGAGAUUAUAACAAAGAAAACCAUCUGAAUACACCUGGUGCAAGCCAGUCCAACGCCCGCUCCGAUUGCUAUUAUGUAAGAUUAGUACCUGAUUUGGCUUUAUGGAAACACAAAGGUUUGUGUGGUGCAGGAUUACUGCUGCAACGAAUCCCAUAGCAGCGAAUUCACAAAUGGAUUGAGUAAGGAUGACAGACUGCAUGGAGCUGGACAGGACACUCAUACUGCCUCAGGUCUGUCUAGCUCUCUUGCACACUUUAUGUUGGUCUCAGUUUCAGCAGCUGUUUGGGGUAAAUUCUAAUGAUUGGUUAGGAUUUAGGUCUGAGCUGCAAACGCAAAAAAAAUCAAUUUGAAUUCAAAUCAUUCAUGGGAUAAUUUGCAUAAAUAGGAAAGAGAUUGAAAAAUUAAUCCCUCCACAGACAGUAAAUGAAUAUCCCCACGCAACUCCCAGAUUCACUUUUGAUAAAUUAUUAAAACCCACCAAAAAACUCUGAAUUAUAGUCUGAAAGUCGAGAAGAACAUGAAGCAAUUUGUUGAAGAUGGAACAUGAAAUUAUCCUCAACUAAGAAUGAAGCUGUGAAAGAGGCCCUCAGGAUCAGAACGAUCUGCAUCGUGUGUUUUAAAUGCAAGCCGAAUGUGUGGCAGCCGGAGUUAGUCGGCUCUCUCCAGAGCCAGAUCCACUCGAUACUUGAGGACAAUAUUUCUAGCAUAUCAGAAUUUCAGCUAUCACAGCCAGGAAGUCGGGGGGGGUUGUGCACAAAUAGAUUGUUUUAAUUCGUGUUGAUGGAAGCAGAGAGAAAAUGCAGAUUUAUGAGAAAGAAGAGUUUCAUUUUGUUCUUUCAAAGACCCCAAAAACACUCCCGUCAGUGUAUUGUUGAAGUAAGGGGAUUAUGACAAGCCAAUCAGCCGCUGCCAAAUUGCUUUAAACUAUCUCUCAUGUCAAGGUGAGGGAACUCCGUGGUCAGGAGGAACGGUAAAGCCCCAGUAAUUUUAUUAUCAAUCUCGAGCUCUGAAAGAGGGAUUAUUGUGCUGCGAAGCUUUUGAGGAAGAAGCCGCCUAUGAAUCUACCUUUUAUUGUGCUGUGGGUUUGUUCAAAGCACAAAUACAAUUCUGUAAUUGUAAACGUUUUUUGGCUGCAGACAGCAAUAUGUACAGAUUUAGAAGGUUGGUUUUAUUGCGUGUCGACGGUGGAUCUCCAGUAAUUCUCUUAGGUCGCUUUCAGGCUUGUACUCGCUUCCUUUAAAAGGAUUCAAGACAGCAGGUUGUCCCGGUGAGAUCAGUAUGUGUAAAUGUGAGCCAUUCAGGAAGACGGUCUGGGAUAAACACUGUGGUGCAAAAACUCCCGCUUUUGCCCAUUCACAACAUGGAAACCACUCUCAUGAAUGACCCAUACCAGUUCAGCCUCACGUGUGUGUGUCAGGCUGCGGAGUUGCUUCUUUGACAUAACAUAUAUUUUUUUGAAUGAAGAGUGUUAUCUUAAUAGUCAGAGGGUUACGAAAACUUACUGUAUAUUAUACACGUGUAAAUGUAUUUUCUAUAUAUUUGCUUCUAUUUGUGUACAGGUGUGUUCUAUUUUUCAGGACCCGUCCCGUUUUCGGGAGGGUCUCAGCUAGGUCGGGGAUAGUGUCUUUGUUUACAUGUGUAACUACAGUAUUUCUUUUAAAACACAAAACUAACCUUGUGCCAAGCUUCCUACCUGCACUUUCAAGCAGUACCUGUAUUAUAUCUUUAGCUAACCAGUAUAAUACUUCAGUAGACGCUGCAAUAGUUCAGAGGCCGGGGGAGUGAUUUCCAGGUGGAAUGUCUGAAAGUACUGAGUGGUUCGAAGAGGUGUUGUGAUCAUGUCUUGGGUUCUGCUGUGUUCAUGGUUGGCUGGGAAACCAAUGACUUUCUGUUCUUCAACAUUUAUGUUCUUCUACAUGAAUCCUAAUAUUGAGUGUUUCAUCAUAGGAAUUAAAAAAAAAAAA